UGGCCCGGACACAUUUGAAUGUUACACAGAGUAAGCUUCCUCCUUCUCCGGUGUUGAUUUCUCGCGGAUGUGAGCUGUUAACCAUACACGCUUUGCAAGGGGCCCGGCACCCUUUGACAUCCACUGUGCCAUCAUGGAGCACUAUGAUUUGAUGUCACACAAGAACGGCCGUCAAAGAAAGCAAGCGGGUGUCUCCCUCGAUCCUGAAACCAUGAAGGACAUUGCCAAGGCAGAGAUGAGCACCUCUGAGACAGAACUAGAGGAGGAAGUUGACAGCCUUAUCGCAGGGUCGGACUUUGAGGACAGAAGGCACCCCAGGGUCCAUCGUGGGAUUCGGGCCGAGCUGGGGAAUAUGUUCCUUCUUCUUUUCCUCUAUGUGCUGCAAGGGAUUCCUCUUGGACUGGCUGGCAGCAUUCCGUUGAUCUUACAGAGUAAGAGCGUCAGCUACAAGGACCAAGCCGUCUUUAGCUUUGUUUUUUGGCCUUUUAGUCUCAAGCUGGUGUGGGCACCACUAGUGGAUGCACUUUACUUCAGCAAGUUUGGUCGAAGGAAGUCCUGGUUGGUCCCCACACAGUAUCUUUUGGGUAUCUUCAUGCUUUACCUGUCUUUAAGAGUUGACUCAAUGCUGCAGGGUGAAGGAGGACCUAACGUGGUUGCACUUACUUCUGUUUUCUUCAUGCUAGCCUUUCUAGCAGCCACACAGGACAUUGCAGUGGAUGGCUGGGCCCUCACUAUGCUCUCCAAGGAGAAUGUAGGCUAUGCUUCUACAUGUAACUCAGUGGGCCAGACAGCUGGCUAUUUCCUGGGUAAUGUGCUCUUCUUAGCUCUGGAGUCUGCUGACUUCUGCAACAAAUACCUCAGAACAGAGCCUAAGGAGACCGGCAUUGUCACCUUGUCAGACUUCUUGUUUUUUUGGGGAAUGGUCUUCCUUAUUUCCACAACAUUGGUAGCCCUCCUUAAAAGUGAGAAUGCACAUUGCAAAGGCAAGCGGAGAGCUCACAAGGAGACGGAGGGUGUUUUUGAAACCUACAAGUUGCUGUUCACUAUCGUCAAGAUGCCUGCAGUCUUCACCUUCUGUGUGCUGCUUCUCACUGCCAAAGUUGGCUUCUCUGCAGCAGACACAGUGACGGGUCUGAAGCUGGUGGAGGCUGGGGUCCCGAAGGCUCAGUUAGCAUUGCUUGCGGUGCCUAUGGUGCCUCUACAGAUCCUUCUACCAGUGGUGAUCAGUAAAUACACAGCAGGGCCCAGACCAUUGGAUGUCUUCUACAAGGCCUUCCCGUUCAGGUUGAUCAUUGGCCUGGUGUUUGCUGUACUUGUCUGGUGGACCCCGAGUGUGAGACAAGAGGAAGGAUUCCCUGUUUACUACUAUGGGGUUGUGCUGCUAGGCUACGCAUUGCAUCAGGUGACUUUGUACAGCAUGUAUGUGGCAUGUAUGGCCUUCCACGCCAAAGUGAGCGACCCACUCAUCGGUGGCACCUACAUGACACUGCUGAACACGGUCACUAACCUCGGAGGCAACUGGCCCUCCACUGUGGCUCUGUGGUUGGUUGAUCCUCUCACCUGGAAGGAGUGCCGGGGUGCAGUUGGGCAAACGUGUGCCUCUCCUGAGGCAGCAGGGCUGUGCGUCAAGGAGGGUGGCACUUGCAUCACAACCUUGGAUGGCUACUACGUGGAGUCGGGGGUGUGCGUGGUGAUCGGGCUGGCCUGGUGGGUGUGGUUAGGGAAGAAAAUGAGAAGGCUGCAGGAGCAGAGUCCUGCUGCUUGGAGGUGCAGAGUUACUCAGUGACUGAAUCACUCAUCUUUUACUGCAACAACAGACACUGAAUGCUGUAUGCCUUUUUCUGUACACACUUUGUUUUUACAGCCUUUUCUUUGCUGGCUGAGAUAACCAAAUCAGAGAGUCAUGUAAUCAUCUUCUCUGUCAACAGAUGAAAAAUGUAAUCAAAACUAUGCAACAUGCCUGGCCACUUAUUUUUAGUCUGUAUUAAAUUAUAUUAUUGAUAUUUACAAAUAUACAUACAUGCACUUCAUGGACAUCUGCACAAUAUGAGAUCCAAUGCUAGAAUUGUGUAUAAAAACAAGACAGUGUGCAAAGGCAGAAGUUGUCAUACAUCUCUUGUAUUGGAUUGUGCUGGUGUGCCUAAUGUUGUGGCCACUGAGUAUCAACAUUCAUGGAAAAAUAUUUGGUUAAUAUUGUAUUUUCUUAAUGCAUUUGAUACAAACUGCCACAUCUUCAUUAGGGUUACAAAGGGGUCGGGUAGUGGAAAUAUUAAGUAGACAUUCAUUUUUGUUUCGUAAAGGUCAAUUUACGCAAGCAAAAAUAUUGUUAAACGUUUUCAGUAGGGGUGUGACUUAAACACCUACUUCACGAGAUGAGACCAUACACAAUGUCUGAGAUUUUAACAUUACUUUUAAAAGUAGGAUGAAAAAGUACAUGACAAUAUAUUGCAAUCUACUAAUUUUAUUUAAUUCUACGUUACCUUCCUUUGCUCCUCUCAAGAGGAUUCUGCUCUUCUGCACUCUGCCCCCACCCACUGAGAUGAAGAGACUGUAUGACUGACAAAACCGUAUCCCGUUCUAUGGAACAAACACGCCAAGGUGUGGAAACCAAUGCACAGAGUGAACCCUCUUCCUGCCUGUUUGGAUGCGGUAGAUGAGGAAAACAGACAUGGGAAUAUACUAAGACCGGCAAAAUUACCAAGUUCAUUUCUCUGAAUAAGAAAUCUUGUCAUGUUUUAAUCUUGCGAGAUCUUGUGACACCCCUGGUAUUCAGUUUUUAAAAUUAAAUUCAUGAAUAAAAAUUACAUGCUACCGUUAUUUGUAUAAAAUAGUGUAAAUGCAGUGAAAUUUGAGUUUUUAUUUAAUAUUAAGCUGCAGAUAAUUAUUUUUUCCACACAUUUAAAUUCCCAGUCAUAGAUCAAUAUGCAAGAUUAAGUUCCAGUUAAAUCCUUUCUUUCCCAUGUAUUCCCAUCAAGUUUCCAACUUUUGCAACCCUAAUGUGGCUUUAUUUCAAUUUAAAUAUACAAAGAAACUGUUGAGUAUCAGCGUCCAGUGCUUAUUUAGAGUAGGAUUCCAUUCAUAUGAAGUGAUGCUGCUGUAUGUGCCUUGUUUAGUUCAGUUCAGAGUGUGAAGACACUGUGUUUAAACUCUAUAUCACUGCAUUUUACAUUCCUCCUGGGCAGCUGUUUGUUACAAGGCCAGUUGUAGAAGUUGCCGCAUUGCGGCUUUACACCCGUGGAACUAUUGGCUCAGAUGUUACCAAAGUUUUCAGAUAACUCGAUGCUGACUUUUUGUCACUGAGCAUUUUCGAACCACAUUCUAACUGUAGUUCCCAGUUCUUCACGUUCCAAGCUCUGCAAUCUGUGCUAGUUGCGGCUAAGUAGUGCACUUGCAAAUCAUAUCAAGCUCAACACUCAAGUGUCACCAUUGUUUUUGUUAAUUUUGUAUUAAUUGAAAUGAAACGUUACAUUAACGUCAAAUUUAGGUUUUCAAUUAGUAUUCCAGAAAAAAAAUGUACUGUGGGAUGUACAGUAAAGCUUGAUGUUGUGACUCGAAAUAAAUCAAAGUUGAAAAAAAUACAAAA